AUGGUCUCUGUGACCACUGUUGCUGGGUUACCCGAAGGAAACUAUGUUAAUGUUGUCAUUGACUUCAGAGGACGCUUGGAUCUGGUUCGAUUCAGAAAGGUAUGUCAAUCUCUGGUGCAGAAGAAUGAAAAUUUGCGCACUCAAUUUAGUCUUCAAAAUGGUACCAUCGAAGCCAUUGUCCGGGACGAUUUGGAAGUGCCAUUCUUGCAUCUCACUUCUCAAUCAGAAGCACUUGAGCACUGGGAAUCCGUUCCAUCGAGCUGUUUCGAUCGGCAGCUUGCGAGCUUUUCUUACAUCGUCAUGGAUGACGAUUCGACACACUUUGCACUGGGUAUUCAGGACAGCCAGUGUAAUGCAUGGACAGUCACACUCCUGCUUCGUCAACUGCAAAGCAUUUACCAUGGCCAUGAGGUCUGUCCUGGUCCAUCUUUCUCGGCGUUCGCAGCAAAAGUGCUUCUAGCGACAAAUCCUGAAGCUGAAAACUUUUGGAGAAAGCACUUGGCAGACUUGCCCAUGACUAUACUGAGUGACAAUUCCGCUGAAGGCGAUGAGCCAGACAUAAUUUUCAAAAAGUCCCUCAGAUUGUCGCCGUCAGGGUUUACAUUCGCCACUCUGAUAAGUUCCGCAUGGGCACUCGUCUUGUCAAAGCAUGCCAAAAAGGAAAGAGUCGUCUUUGGCGGAGCGGUCAGUGGAAGAAAUAUUGACAUGGAGGGUAUUUUGGAUGUUGUUGGGCCAUGUAUCAACAUGCUCCCGCUCCCCAUCGACGUCACCAAGUGCGAAACAUAUCUCGAGGUCUUGCAGAGUGUGCAAGAUACGAUGAUAGCUGCUGUCCCGUACGAGUCCAUGCCGAUGCCAGACAUCAUCACGCGCUGCACAGACUGGAGCCCCACGGCUGUUCUCGGAUCUAUUGUUCAGCACCUCGAUAUUACCUUCGACCUCCCUGUUGUUUCACAGUCCCCAUCUGAGGGAGACUCCGGCAUGCUAGAGUGGAAAUAUCUGCAGAUGAAGAAACGCUAUGGGCGUUGUCGGGCUACUGACAUUUAUAUAUUCUCAACCACCUCGCGGGAAGGUUUCGCAGAUAUACAGGUCAAGUUCAAUCCGUCACGCAUUACGCAGGGCUUAGGUGAAGUCUUGUUUGCUGAUCUUUGUGGAAACAUUGAGGCUGCGUUGCAGAGUCCAGAGAUGAAGAUACCGAGAGACCUUUGA